GUAUUGAGCAGCUUCAGAGAAGUCCACAAAUCGGUCGGUCGGGAUGAUGUCACGCAAGCCGCGUACAAGUUGACGAGCAUACUAUAUUACUAUGCUCUGCACCUAGUCCACUUCCUCCCUACUUAUGAGAGAAGCCGACGUGCAUUCGCCUCUUUUUCCUUUUAUCCGUAAUGCCGCAGUAUUUUUACCUCUGCAUUGCCUAAUUCCCCCCCCCUCCCCUCGCGCCCCGACCGUCUUCGCUGGUUUUAACCUUUACGAACAUUACGUCCCACCAAAGUUCCAGUACUCCGACACACACACACACACCCACCCACACCCACACACACACAGAGUUCUGCACUAGCCGAACACACCCACCCACCCACACACACACACACACACACACACACACACACGCGCACACACACACACACACACACACAGAGAGAGAGAGAGAGAGAGAGAGAGAGAGAGAGAGAGAGAGAGAGAGAGAGAGAGAGAGAAAGAUAUUGAGAUUUGUGCAGUAUCGGCAGUGUUGAAACGACAUGGCCCGAAACGGGGGGAUGUAUUAUCCUGCGGAGAGUGUUCUCGUACCUGGCGCAUGGGGCAAGGGACCAGUGAGGAGGGCAAUUGAUUCUGGGCCCACUCCCCAGUUCCCAGGACACCAUCCUGUCAGCGAUGCUAUGAUACCUGAACAGAGCGUGGUAGUCCAUUGUGGACCUAGACGGCGACAGAGGCCGCCACAGCAACCAGGAACUCGUGGAGCAAAUGAGCCCAUUACUGGAACAAUGCCCGACGGCCCCGAGGCCCCCGAUCGAAGCGUGAUUGUCCAGCUUUCCCGAAAGCCGCAAGGCCGGCAUGGGCAGACACCAUCGACUCCAGUUCCAUCGCAAUUUAUCCCGCAAGAGGAUCCUCCUGCUCCUCGUCAUGUACAGCCUGUACAGGCCCAUCCACGGCCUCCGGUGGGACCAUACCCUGGAACUCCGGGACAGGUAAGGUAUGUCCCAUCUACUGGCGGUCCGGGAUCAGGUCCCGCACACGAGCAGUGGGCGUUCGGACGACGUACAAGUGAUGUUCCUGUUAUUCCAACAGAGCAAAAAUUUCGAGCAAUAGGAGGACCGAUGUACAUACCUAAUGGUCCUGGUUCCAUCCCACGUCCAGCAGAGGAAGUGUCCCACGAGUUCCAGCAGGGUCCUCUCUGGUCAAUUGGGGUCCCAGAGUCGCCGGAAGGUACCCAUGAAUAUACUCUGUCCGGGGUUUGCAAAGGGAAAGCAUCAUCGACCAGCGAGGACGUGGAGAGCGGCGGAUCGGGAUCGCGACAGGGCGGAGCAACGAAGGGACUGUUGUUUUGUGGAUUGUUGAAGCGGAGGGGACGACCGUGCAAUGCGUGCAACAGGGCAUAGUCACAGUAUCUGACCGCAAUUACGGGCAAGAGCAGGAUGAAUAAAUGACCGCGAUCACG